AGGAAGUGAGAUGUGCCGUGGGUUCAAGGACCGGAUGUGUGGCAGUAGGAUUGUCGAACGGAAUCCCUGAAAUUUCAAUGCGGCGAUCGAGUGUCGUGACGAUCGGUCAAUCCAGCAGCAUUUCCUACUGCUGUUUGUCGCGAAACGGUGUCGACUCUGUCACCUAAGCGCUGAUUCCACGGAUUUCUGGACGAGAUUUUCAUCGGAAGUGACUCGAGUGUUUCGGAAACCCGUCGGUUUUUUUCAGUGUCUUUCAUUAUUGACGGCUUUUAUUGGUGUCAACAUGACUGUGGUUUAUGCUCACAAGCUGGCCACUGCGUCCGGAUUCGGACGAGGAUUCCUCAACCUUCUUUUCUUAUGGAAAGGAAGCGUGUACAAGUUGGUGUGGAGGAAUUUGCUGGUGUGGCUGACUUUAUACUACGCCAUUAGUUUCUGGUACAGAUUCGGGAUGGCAAGCGAUGAAAAGAGAGUGUUCGAGUUCCUGUGUAGGUACUGCGAGAAGUACAGUUCCCUCAUUCCUUUAUCCUUCGUUCUCGGGUUCUACGUGAAUCUGGUCGUGAACCGGUGGUGGCAAAUGUGGGACGCUUUGCCGUGGCCUGACAACAUAGCCAUGUUUGUUACAACUAGUAUUCAAGGACAGGAUGAGAGAGCUCGAUUGAUGAGACGGACGAUUUUGCGUUACGUGAACCUGGCAAGUGUUCAUUCCAUGGCCAUGUUCAGUCCCAGGGUUAGGAAACGAUUUCCGACGUUGGAUCAUUUCGUUUCAGCGGGGCUUUUGACGGAGGACGAGCGCCAGAUUUUGGACGUGAUGUCGAAGCAGGUCAAGAAACUUUACUUCGUGCCCCUGGUUUGGGCCGCGACGAUAAUCACUAAAGCCCGAAACGAGGGCAAGAUCAAGUCGGAUUUCCAAUGGAAAUCUUGCCUGGACCACAUUGUGGAGUUCCGGCAACGAUGCGGUCGCAGUUUGCACAUAGAUAUCAUCAACGUGCCGCUCGUCUAUUCCCAGGUUGUUACACUGGCUGUUUACACGUUUUUCCUCGCCUGUUUGCUCGGGAGACAGUUUAUCCAAAACGACAAAUACGUCAUGGAUUUGUACUUCCCCAUCUUCACCGUCUUGCAGUUCGUUUUCUAUCUCGGCUGGCUGAAAGUAGCCGAGACUCUGGUGAAUCCGUACGGCGAAGACGACGACGACUUCGAACUCAACUGGAUGAUCGAUCGUCACUUGAAAACGUCCUACAUGAUCGUGGACGAGAUGAACGAGCAGUUCCCGGACCUCGUGAAGGAUCCCUACUGGGAAGACGUGAUCCCUCAGGACCUGCCGCACACGGAAGAGUCGCAGGAAGCUGAAGAAGGCCGAGAAACCCCGGAUCUGUUGGGAAGCAUGUUGGACGUGCCGUCUAGCUUCGAAUGGCGAGGAAGCGUGUACAAGCUGGUAUGGAAGAGUCUCCUGGUUUGGUUGACCGUGUUCUACGCACUCGGGCUCUGGUAUCGAUUCGGGAUGGACGACGAUGAGAAAAAAAUAUUCGAGUACAUUUGCAAGUACUGCGAUAAGGCGAGCUCUUUGAUCCCGCUCUCAUUCGUCCUGGGGUUCUACGUGAAACACGUGUUGGAUCGCUGGUGGGCCAUGUGGGAAGCGUUGCCGACGCCGGACAACAUAGCCUUGUUCGUCACGACCAGCAUCCAAGGACAGGACGAACAGUCCAGGUUGCUGCGGAGGACGAUCAUGCGAUACGUGAAUCUGGCUUCGGUUUACUCCAUGGUGAUGUUCAGUCCGCGGGUUCGGAAACGGUUCCCAACAAUGCAUCACUUCGUUGCCGCAGGAUUGCUGAAUGAGGACGAGCGGAGGAUUUUAGACCAGAUGUCCGAGAAGAUGACCAAGUUGUACUACGUUCCGUUGAUCUGGGCAGCGACGAUCCUCACGAAAGCGCGGAGUGAGAACAAGAUCAAGUCGGAUUCCCAGUGGAAGGGUGGCAUAGACCAUAUUUUACUGUUCCGCGAGAAAUGUGGUCGCAGUUUGCUCAUUGACACCAUCAAUACGCCACUAGUUUACACUCAGGUGGUGACUUUGGCGACGUACAUGUUCUUAUUGGCUUGCUUGCUCGGGAGGCAGUUCACCGAUGGAGAGAAGAAUUCUAUUGACUUGUACAUUCCAAUCUUCACUAUACUUCAGAUAAUUGUGUACCUAGGCUGGUUGAAAGUCGCGGAAACCCUGCUGAACCCGUACGGCGAAGAUGACGACGACUUCGAACUCAACUGGCUCAUUGAGCGGAACCUCAAGACGUCUUACAUGAUCGUGGACGAGAUGAACGAUGACUACCCCGACCUGGUGAAGGAUCCCUACUGGGAACAGGUCAUCCCACCGAACCUGCCACACACUCUCGAGUCAGAAGCAGCCGAGGAGCAUCGGCCUUCCCCACCGGACCUGCUUGGCAGCAUGCUGGACGUGCCAUCUAGCGCCAACACUCCGGCGCCAUCGCCGGAGCCGAAAUCCCCGGGAUUCCGACGUCGCAACAGUGCCAGCAGCCAUUUGCGAAGCAUUCGGGACAAGCUGUCGUUUCGAAGGAAACCACGCAACAAAGACUCCGAGAGUGAAGCCCCCGAGGGCUGCGAUAGUCCUUGUUGGAAACGAGAAGAAAAACUGCCUCGUUUGGAGGUUGAGGAUACGUCAGUGCGUCGAGCGUCAUCUUCGCCAUCUGUGCACGAGAUCAGCGAGGAUCCUGACAGCCCGAACAUAUCCAACCCACCGAAAAGGGCUCAGUCUCUGUUUGACAGGAUAAAGCUGAAAUCAACAAAAUCCUUGAUUUCCACUGCGAAGAAAUUUCGGGUUCAGGAUUCCGGUGAACAUCGCAACAGCACCAAGCACAACAAAUACGCUGCUUAUGCUGAUGAAGGAGUCGACAUACUGCCAUCCGUUGAAGAAGCUCCAGCGUUGGCAGAAGCUGCUGCUGAAAUUUUGAAUCUGCAACAAAAGCAGAAAGCUCAAAAACGAGCGGAAGUGAAGAUUUCCAUUGAAACAGUUCCUGACAACUGGUCCCCAUCGGAUUCACAUGAUACACUGCAGACCAGUGGAAGAGGAACCAUGGAAUCUUUGACUGACGACGACAAACCAACGGAAUCGUGCAAAAUGUAAAAUCAGUCUUCGAUGGUGUUUUUUUUUACAGCCGUAUUAACACAAGAUGAAGAACUUGAACCCAAAAACUUGAACCCUGGUGAAUAAAUGAAUUAUGAAUUAUUUAGUAA